AUGCCGGAAGGAGGAGGCGGACGGUUUCGAGUUCAAUCGGUGGUCAACGAUGGUGGACAAAGAGCCGAGAGAACUGCGUCGCCUGAAGAGGAUCAGACGGUGAAUUCGGCUAACUCGUUAUUGAAUAUUACAGCUAGUGAUAAACAUUUACCUAAAAGUGAGUGAUUUUUUCUGGAUUUGGGAGAGGCUGGUAUUUUUUUUGAAACAUUUUUUUUCUAGAUUUUUCAGUGAAAAUCUUGGACUGAAAUUUCCAACAAUUUGAAUUUUCGGCUGAAAUUUUCUUGAGAAGUUCUAGAGCUUUCAAAAAAUUUUCUGAAAAUUUUUUCUGUACCCUCGAAAAAUUAUAGUGAUGAAAAUGAGUAACAAUUUUUCAUCAUCAUCAGAAAAUUUCUCUGAUUUAUCCAACCAGUUCAAAAAGUGCAGCAGCUUCAUAAAUAAAUUAUGUAUCGAACUUUUUGUGCUCACAGCUCAGCUCAGCUCAAAUUCUCGGCAAUUUCAAUGUUUUUUCACUGGAAAAAACGAGAAAAAGCAAAAAAAUUCCUCAAGAAAACAUGAAUUUUAGAUUAUUGUUCCCGAACGAAUUCCACUAACUUUUUUUUUUCAUUUUGUCAUUCUUGUUUUUGCCUGCCUUCUUCUUCUUCUUUAUUAUUAUUCUUCGCUUUUUUUUCCUUAUUUUUUCACUUGUCAGUCAGCUGCUUUCCUGCUCUUUUUCUUUAUUUUCAUCGAAUUUUUAUAGCUGGAAGAAGAGAACAAUGACUUUUUUCAGAAAAAAAUAAUAAUUACCUUUUUUUUUUGAAAAGGUCACAUUUAUUUAUUUAUUUUUGUGUGUUUAGUUUGUGCCAAAAAGUCAGUCCUUUAUCAAAUAAUAUAAUGGUCGAAGGGGGCGGUUUUUGUUUACUUUUUGACACGUUUCGAAAUGAUGAGCAAUACUUGGGGUUAGGCUUAGAUGUGAUGGGGAAAGUGCAGGAUUUGAGGCGGAAAAAAUCGGUGACGGUAUUUUUAGGGAAACAUUUUCUGAUCUUCUCUGGCUUUGGGAUGAGCUGUUAUUGCCUAUGACUUAGGAUAACUCUUUGACAAUUGAACUUGCUAUGGAAGCUCUCUAGGAGCGGCUACUUGAGAUCUAGGAUCUCUAGAAUUGGCUGCUGUAGCAUUCUGCUCUCUAGGCGCUGAUCCUAGAAAAUUCAAUUUUCUAGGUGCGGCUACUUGACAACUAGGGUUUCUCGGGUUUGAUACUUGCUAUGGAAGCUCUCUAGGAGCGGCUACUUGAGAUCUAGGAUCUCUAGAAUUGCCUACUUUAGCAUUCUGCUCUCUAGGCGCUGAUCCUAGAAAAUUCAAUUUUCUAGGUGCGGCUACUUGACAUUUAGGGUUUUUCGGCUCGGCUACUUGUUAUGGAAGCUCUCUAGGAGCGGCUACUUGAGAUCUAGGAUCUCUAGAAUCGACUGCUUCAGAAUUAUGCUCUCUAGGCGCUGAUCUUAGAAAAUGCAAUUUCCUAGGUGCGGCUACUUGACAUCUAGGGUUUCUCGGGUCGGCUACUUGUUAUGGAAGCUCUCUAGGAGCGGCUACUUGAGAUCUAGGAUCUCUAGAAUCGACUGCUUCAGAACUAUGCUCUCUAGGCGCUGAUCCUAGAAAAUUCAAUUUUCUAGGUGCGGCUACUUGACAUCUAGGGUUUCUCGGGUUGGAUACCUGACAUACAAACGUUCAAGGAACGACCUCUUGCCCAGGAGAAUGUCUAGAUGCUGGUCCUGGAGGAUUAGGUUCUCUAGGCGCUGCUACUUGACAACUAGGCCUCAUAGGCUUGCCUGCUUGCCAUAGAUGCUCUCAAGUCGCGGCUAGUUGAGAACUAGGUUCUCUAGGUGCUGCUACUUGACAACCAGGAUUCAUAGGAUGUUUUGAGCUCAGUUUUGGAUGGUUCUUGAGAUCAGAAGCAGAUGUGGAUUCACAAAUUUAGAACUUGUGAUUUUCAAAUUUCAAAAUUCAAAUCAACUGAAUUCGAAUCCGAAUGUUCUGUACUCAGGAAUUUCGAAAAUUUUCUGAAAAUCUUAUUUUUUUCACACCCAUGAUUUUUGAUGCUAUAAUUUCCAGCUUCAUCUUAUGUAUAUUCUUCCAAAUUUCUUUUGUAUUUAUUCUACAGUAAUCAGUCUUUUUUUUUGAAUACAUAUAUUCAUAACAACAACAAAAACGCUGGCUAAAAAAUGCCAAAUCUCCCGAUUUUCUGUGUUGUUUUUUUGUUCUUUCUAUUAAGACGAAAAAAGACAGCACAACAAAAAAAACACAGAGAGAAAAUACGAAAACAACACAACACGGAGCAGGCCCUUAAUUAUGUCAACAUUUUGAGUGGAAAAUCUAAUUCUGAAAAAAAGGGAUGAAUGCAAUUUCAUUCAGAUGUGGAUAUGUAUGUCAAAGUUUGGACAGAAAAGGGAAAUGAAAAUUUGCAGAAAAGGAACGGAAAAUUAGAAGGUUUUGAUGGAUUUUGAUUCAGACCUGGGAAUUUUUACGUUUACGUUUUUACGUUUUACGAUUUUUACGGAAUUCCCCCGUAAAAUCCAUUUUACGGUUUUACGACUCAAAAAAUCGUAAAAUAAUUCGUUAAAAAAAUCACUAAACAUAGUGAAUUUUGACAGAAUCAAAUUGAAACUUCAAAAAAAAAACACAAAAAGAAAAUUUUGAUUAAAUCCUAAUUAGUGGAUAUAGAGAAUAAUAUUGUUAAAAUUAGGAGUUACGAUAAGUUACCAAAUCCCAAUUUUUUAAGAAGUUCUUGCUUUUUUUCAGUGAAAAUACUGAGUAACAAAAUUUACGAAUUUCGUGAGAUUUUACGGUUUUUAAAACCGUAAAAUUCCCAUUUUACGUUUUACGGUGCCACGUAAAAAUUUCCCAGGUCUCCAAAUUUUGGAGUUAGAUUUGGCUGAUGAGUUUUUGAAAAAGAUCAGGAUUGUGAAGAAUUCUUGAUUUUUCUAGAUCCCACAAGUCGAUCAGCAAAUAUUUUUUGAUCAAAUUCUAGAAAAAGCUCAAAGUUGUUUUGAGCCCGAUAAUUGUGCUCACAUCUUCCUCUAACUCUAAAAGUUCGCAGCGAUUACUUUUUUUUUGUCGACCUCCUAGACAAAUAAUUCAUCGGAACGAACACUGACUAUAAUUAUGUAGAUAUACAAAUUGGAUGAUUUCGCCAAUUAUUUUCCUCAAAUUUCGCCCCUUUUUAUACAAAUAUUCCUUUUCGUAUUCUCUUUUAUGUAUGUGUGUCCCAUUUUUGAUUAAGUGCACUCAGCCCAAUUUUUUUUGGCAGUUGCGUUGCAGUUUUGAUGAGUUUUUGAGGAGAGCGACUAGAAAUUAUUUGAUUUUUUUUUGAGCUCGAUGAAGGAGUUCUAAUGGAAAUGAAUAGAAAGGACUCACAGAUUCUAGAGGGAUCUUUUUUGAUAUCACUUUUGAAAUUAAUGCCAUCGUAGAUCCAUAGAUGCUGUUCCUUGACAAUUUUAUUGUUUAGGCGCGCCUACUUCAGAGCUCGACUCUAUAGGCGCUGAUCCUUGACAACUACGAUUUCUCGGCUCGGCUACUUGCCAUGGAAGCUAUCAAGGAGCUGAUCCUAGAAAAUGCAAUAUUCUAGAUGCGGCUACUUGACAACUAGGAUUUCUCGGCUCGGCUACUUGUUAUGGAAGCUCUCUAGGAGCGGCUACUUGAGAUCUAGGAUCUCUAGAAUCGACUGCUUCAGAAUUAUGCUCUCUAGGCGCUGAUCCUAGAAAAUACUAUUUUCUAGGUGCGGCUACUUGACAACUAGGAUUCAUAGGCUUGCCUGCUUGUCAUACAAGCUUUUAAGGAGCCACUCCUUGCCUAGGAGAAUCUCUAGAUGUGGGUCCUGGAGUAUUAGGUUCGUUAGGCGCUGCUACUUGAGAACUAGGUUCUAUAGGAACAGAUCCUUGACAAUUGAACUUUCUAUAGGCGGCUGCUUGAGAACUGUGAUUUCAAGCCGCAGAUACGUGAAGACUAGGUUUUCUAGGCGCUGCCACUUGACAACCAGGAUUUAUAGGCUUGCCUGCUUGCCAUAGAAGCUAGCAAGGCGUGGCUACUUGACAUCUAGGGUCAAUAGGUGCUGAUCCUUCACAAUUGAACUUUCUAAAGGCGGCUACUUGAGAAUUAUGACCUCUAGGGGUUAAUCCUUGAGGGCUAUGAUUCAUAGGCUUCUUUGCUUGCCAUAGAUGCUCGCAAGGAGUGGCUACUUGAGAUCUAGGCUCUCUAGGUGCUGAUCCUUCACAAUCGAAACUUCUAGGCUUAGAUUGAAACUUCUAGGCUUAAAUCACUGAUAUUUGAAGUUCACAGCUCUUCGAAAUCGAUUUCAUAAAAAGUGUGUGCGCGGAAAAAUUAAUCAACUUUCGAAGCAGGUGUUUUUACUUCGUAUUUCUAUAUUUCCAGCUGAAUUUCAGCCACGGAUUUUAUUUUUCUCUGAAAUCUGAUCUAGAAAAAUAUGUUGCUUCCGUUUCCACAAUAUCUCGUCGCGAAAAAAAUAAUUGGAACUCGUAGUAGGCACAAAAUAACACAUCUAUUGUCAUUUUUUCCUCACUUUUUUUUUGUCACAUUCACAAUAAAAAUGCGAAGAAAAAAAAAGAGAGUAAAUAUUUUUUUUCUGGCGAGAUACAACAACCGUAAUCAAAUUUAUGGAUGGGCCUUUGGAGUUCGAACACUCUUCCUCUUCUUCUUAUUUUUUCGCGUUUUCUCCAGAAGAAGCGAAAAAAAUAAGAAGUAGAAGAGAAAGCUUCUUCUUAUUCAGAAGGAGUGAAAAAUGGGGGCGUGGCUUGCGCACUCGAAAAACUUUUCUCUUCUUCUUCAUCUCUCAAUACUUCUUUCUUCAAUUCCUUACGUAUUCCAUAUUUUUGCUCUAAAUGACUCUAACAAUACCCAAAAUCACAUGUACAGCUCCACCACCAUCAAAUCUAAAAUCGACAGCGAUUCCUCCUGCGGCUUCUGCUCCAACUUCAGCAGCCAAACAAAAAAUUCCACCAAAUAUGCACAUUAAUAUACCACCAGGUAGACUUAGCUCAAGUCCUGAAAUUUAUUUAAAAAAAAAAAAAUUUUAAAAAAUUGUUUGCUGAGCUCUCUGAGCUUUGAGAGAAAAAGCAACACGAAAAAAAAAUAAAUGAAGAAAAUCUGAAGGCAAUUACCAAAAUUAGAGAGGGAGGGAGAGGAAGUGAUGUGCAAAUGUUUUAUUUUUUUUCUGCUUUCAGAUGAAGGUGCCGAACGAAUACCAUUAUGUGAACAACAUUCGCCGUUGGCUCUUUAUGAGGUUCGUUUUUUGGCUUUUGGGGGAAAUUCGGCAGUUUUUUAAUCGGACCAUAGGAAUCGGACCAGGUCCGAUUUUUUGAGAAAAAUUCUGAAUUGGACCCGAAAAAUCGGACCACUUUUUCAAAAUUUCCUGAUUUUUGCACCAAAAAGUUGACUUUUUUGAAAAAGUGGUCCGAUUUUUCGGGUCCAAUUCAGAAUUUUUCUCAAAAAAUCGGACCUGGUCCGAUUCAGAAAAUCCUCAAAAUCGGGGCCAAUUCAAAAUUUGCCGGGAAAUUCAUCGUAAAAAUAUUUCUGCUCCUUUUUUUGCAAGCAAAAAAAAAAAUAAUACCAAAAAAAUGUUCCAUAAAUCACCUGGAGCCUGGUCCCAAAGGUCAUGCAAAAAGGUUGAAGAUCCAACCAAUCCCCAAAUUUUUUUUGGCUUAUGAAAAAGAUGCAAAGUAAAAGUAUAAGUGUCGGAUUACAAACAAACACAUGUGACACUCUCUGACAAAAGUGAGAAGAGAUGCUCUUGAAAAAAGAAAACUACCUAGUUAAUAUUUUAUGGGGAUUUGUGGGCGCGGGAAUCUGGGAGAAGUUGAAAUUUUAGGAACAUGAAAGAGAGCUUUGGGAAAAUUCUUUUUGAAAAUAGUUUUGAGAAGCUCGGAAAAAAUUCUAGAAAAUUUGACAAUGGCCCGGAAGCCUCCAGAGGGUUUUUUUAGAAUCCCGUAGAAAAUUUUGGAUGGUCUUACAGUAGUCUAGAUGAUUACUGAAGUUUUGAAAAGUUCGGGAAAAAUUCUAGAAGGUCCAAUAGUAUUCAAGAUGGUCCCUGAAAUUCUAAAAGGCUCGGAGAAUUUCCUAGAUUGCCUAAUGUUCACCUUGGAGGCUUUUAGAUUUCCGAAAAGCCCGGAGAACUUUCUGGGUGGCUUAACGGCCUAAAAGGCUUUUGGAUUCUCUAGAGGCCCGGGAAAAUUCUACAUAGCCUAUGUAAAAGUGGUCUAUGAGGUCCCUGAAUUUUUGAGAAGUUCUAUGAAAUUCCAGGCAGGUCUACAGUAGCCUAGAAGUGUUUUUGAAUUUUUAAGAAGCCCUGAUAAAAUUCAAAUUUGUGGAUAAUUUUGUGAUCCAAAAAUUUGGAAAAUUUCUUGUUAGUUAUGCUAUCUUCAAGUUAUGUUAUUUCAUCCUCCUUUAAAAAUUUUUGAACCAAAAUGUCAUCCAAGAUUCUGUCCAAAACACACUCCAUUUCCCUUUUUUCCAGCAAGAUUAUGACACACAAGGCCAAAAAAUUGGCACAAUGCUCCGGAAGUUGUCGGUGUAUAAUGCGACAGAGGCGACAAGUGCCGAAGCCGAUGAAAAGCCAAAAGCUGUGAGUUUUGAAUGACAAAAUUGUGUGUGCGCAACAAAAAAAAUUGAGUUAUGGAAAUUCCGCAAAAACUUGGAAUUUUGAUGAGAUUGUUGCCAAAAAGAAAUGACGUACAUAGGAGCAAAGAAUAAAAAAAAUGAAAUUUGUUUUGCAGGCGGCUUCAAAAAUGGGCACAAUAAUGGGUGUAUUUUUGCCAUGUCUUCAGAACAUUUUCGGAGUUUUAUUCUUUAUUCGAUUAGCUUGGAUUAUCGGAACCGCCGGUGUUUUAGAAUCGUUUUUUGUUGUAUUAGUUUGUGUUUCUGUGGUAAGAUCUUCAAUAAUUGAAAUCAGAUUACAUAUCGGGAACUUUCAGACAUUUCUAACAUCAAUCUCAUUAUCAGCGAUCGCAACAAAUGGUGUCGUACCAUCGGGUGGUCCCUAUUAUAUGAUCUCACGAAAUUUAGGACCUGAACUUGGCGGCGCUGUUGGUAUCCUGUUCUAUUUGGGAACGACGAUAGCCGCCUCGAUGUAUAUUACUGGAGCUAUCGAGAUUUUGCUGGUGAGUGGGGUUCAGAUCAAAAAAUUUUGGACGCGAAAUUUUAUCAUAGAAAUAUUUGCCACGUGGAUUUUCAGUUCAAUUUCUGAAUUCAAAUUUUUCAUGCCACGUGGAUUUUUUUUAGCGAGUUUCUGAAAUUUGGGAUUUUGAUCAUGAAAAUACUUGCCACGUGGAUUUUCGAUUCAAUUUCUGAACGCAAAUUUCGAUGCCACGUGGAUUUUUGCUUCAAUUUCUGAGCGCAAAUUUUGAUUCCACGUGGAUUUUUUUUGAGAGAAUUUCUGAACGCAAAUUUUGAUCCCACGUGGAUUUUCGGUUUAAAUUUCUGAAUUCGAAUUUUGAUCCCACGUGGAUUUCGGUUCAAUUUCUGAAUUCGAAUUUUGAUGCCACGUGGAUUUUCAGUUCAAUUUCUGAACUCAAAUUGUGAUGCCACGUGGAUUUUUCGGAACAGAAUUCAACUUCGAAAAAAAAACCUUAUUUUUAAAUUACAAAAAAUCACAGACAAUCAGGAUUUUCCUAAAAGUACCUAGAAAAUUACCAAAAAAGUUUCCAGCUGUACAUCUACCCACAAGCAAAAAUCUUCGACAACAUGUACAACAACUAUCGACUACUCGGCACAUUCCUAUUGCUCAUCUUAGGUCUAAUCGUAAUGGCCGGUGUCAAAUUCGUCAAUCGAUUUGCUCUUCCCCUCGUUCUCGUUGUUAUUUUCUGUAUUAUUUCAUCAAUUAUCGGUGUUUUUGUUCGUUGGGACGGUUCAGAUUCGCUCAAAUUCUGUAUGGUUGGUGAUCGACCCGUGGAUUUGACAUCGUAUUAUGAGAAAACCAAAAUUGUUCCGAAUUGCACAGCUCAAGGAUUGGAGCCACUGUUUUGUGCAGCAAAUGGAACUUGUGACUCUUAUUUUGCAAUGGUAAGUUCUAUUCUAUUUUUGUGAGAUUUUUUAAAUUCAUUUUUUAGCAACAAAAAAUCAAGCCGAUCCCAGGCUCCCAAGGAAUUCGCGAAGAACGAGCCAUCAAAGGAAUCUCAUCCGGUGUGAUUUGGGAUAACUUAUGGUCGAAAUAUUUGCAACCCGGAAGAGUUUUGACGAAAAAUAAGAGUAGUAAAGGCGAAACAUCGACAAGUCCCUAUUAUAUUUAUGCCGAAGCUGCUACGAGUUUCAUGAUUUUGAUUGGAGUCUUCUUCCCAUCCGCUACUGGAAUUAUGGCCGGAUCAAAUCGAUCUGGAAAUCUGAGAGAUGCGGCGAAAUCGAUUCCGCUGGGAACGCUGGCUGCGCAGAAUUUUUCGUCGGUGAUUUGUGAGUUUUUUUGGAUUUUUUUAAAUUUAUCAAAACGUGAAAUUUAAAUUUUGAAAAAAAAAUUUUCAAAAAAAAAUUUUUUUCAAAAAAAAAAAAAAAAUUUUCAAAAAAAAAAAAUUUUUUUUUUAAAUUUAAAAUUUUUUAGUCUAGAAUUUUCAGCUUUGUUAAUGAUCUAGAACAAUUUUAUUCUGCAAUCGGAUUUUUUUUGAAAAUACAAAAAAAAUUUUGUCCAGAAUUUUUCAAUUUAAAGGCGGGCAGACAGCUAUUCCGGUUGACGGAGACCACCCACGAAGCCUCUGACUUUAACCGGGCUAAACUUGAACCGAACAAAAGAUAGAGUGAAAAAAUGAAACUUCAAAUCUACCUGUGCAAAAGUGCGUCGCGAUGUUUGCACACACACAAAUCCGCUGGGCGUGGUGGCAAUUUAAAAUUUUGAAAACACAAGAUUUUCUCAACUCGUAUUAACUUUCAUGAUUUCGGAAUUUUUUCACUGGUUCGUUUCAUAAUAAACUAUUUUUGACACUAAGCUUCGAGGAAAACCGGAAUAAUUGUCUAACUGCCUUUAAAAAUCCAAUCAAGAUUCAAAAUCCAGCUCUGACUCUCCAAAAUUCUCCAGAUCUACUCGGUGUCGUUCUCUUCGGCGCCUCAGUUUCCGAAAUGUUCAUCCGAGACAAAUACGGCCGAUCAGCGAUGGGAAAACUCAUCAUCUCCGAAAUCUCCUGGCCAUCUCCAGCUAUCAUCCUAGCCGGUUGUUUUAUGUCAACAGCCGGAGCUGGAAUGCAAUCACUCACUGGUGCUCCAAGACUUCUUCAAGCAAUCGCAGCUGAUGAUGUUUUGCCCUUUUUGAAACCUUUUGGAAAAAUGGAUAAAAGAGGGGAACCGAUUCCUGCGAUUAUUUUGACUUUGAUCAUUUGUGAAUGUGGAAUUUUGAUUGCGGUUAUUGAAAAUAUCACUGCCCUUAUCACACAGUAAGAUUCCAUGAAAAGAUAUUUUCAUAUUUUGAUUUUUUCAGAUUCUUCUUGAUGUGUUACCUCGGUGUAAACGCUGCUUGCGCUCUUCAAUCCCUCCUAAAUUCCCCCGGAUGGCGCCCAGGAUUCCGAUACUUCCACUGGUCGCUCUCUAUGAUCGGAGCAAUUCUUUGUGUCGCUGUCAUGUUCAUUUCCGCCUGGCAUUUUGCUCUGUUUGCGAUUGUGAUUGGUGCAGGCGUCUAUAAAUAUAUCGAAUAUGCUGGAGCUGAAAAAGAAUGGGGAGAUGGAAUUCGUGGUUUGGGAUUGUCAGCGGCUAGAUUUGCGUUGUUGAAUUUAGAUGAUAAACCGCAGCAUUCAAGAAAUUGGAGACCUCAAUUAUUGGUUUUAGCACCAGAUUGUGAUUCACAAAAUACACAGGGUCUUCUCUCCUUCGUCAGUCAACUCAAAGCAGGAAAAGUGAGUUAGAAUUUUAACUAAGAUAAGAUAAUUUCUGAACCCAAAAUUUUCCAGGGAUUGACAUUGGUUGCACAUUGCAUCGAAGGCGAAUACUCAUCCGAAUCACAUCUUCAAGCUCAAGCAUCACAAGAAAAACUGAAAUCGUUGAUCAAGAAAAAUCGGAUAAAAGGAUUCUGCGAUGUUUUGGUGACACCAAAUGUGUCCGAAGGAAUUUCUUGUCUGAUUCAGGUGAUUGAUCCUGUAUGUCUGCUUGCUUUUUCACACUAACUUUUGUGGUUUUAACGGCUUUUGCACUUGUGUUUUUGUCCGCUUUGCACUUAUUUUGGGCAAAUAAUGAAUGGGACCCUAAAUGGGACCCCACUGGAAUUUUAUACAGAAAGGGAUAAAAAGUUGAAGCCUAAGCCUAAGCCUAAAAUUCGACCUAAGCCUGAGCCUGAAAUACGACCUAAGCCUGAGCCUAAAAUCCUAACUAAGCCUAAGCCUAAAACUCUAACUAAUCCUAAGCCUGAAAUCCUAACUAAGCCUAAGCCGAAAAGCCUAACUAAGCCUAAGCCUAAGCGUAAAACCCUAACUAAGCCUAAGCCUGAAACCCUAACUAAGCCUAAGCCUGAAAUCCUUACAAAGACCUAAAACCCUGACUAAGCCUAAGCCUAAGCCUAAAAGCCUCACAAAGACCUAAAACCCUAACUAAGCCUAAGCCUGACAUCCUAACUAAGCCUAAGCCUAAAACCCUAACUAAGCCUAAGCCUGAAAUCCUAACUAAGCCUAAGCCUAACUAAGCCUAAGCGUGAAACCCUAACUAAGCCUAAGCCUAAAAGCCUAACUAAGCCUAACCCCAGUGCUGAGGAUACGUCUAAGUUUAAGCACAUUACAUGUGGUCCCAUUCUGAAAAAAAUUUCAAUAGGGUCCCUUUUUUUGCGGGGUCCCAUUCAGACAAUUCAAAAAAAUGCUGUGGUCCCAUUUUAUUAUUUUGGGGUCCCAUUCAUCACGACGAUUUUGAAAAACACCGGGGUCCCAUUCAGUCAUUCGGGGUCCCAUUUGGGGUCCCAUUCAUUAUUUACCCUUUUUUUGGGUACGAUUCGGAAUUUUUUUUUUCAAAAAUGAUUCAAGUCCAAAAAUCGAACACUUGUCUUUUUGUCCGCUUUUUACAAAAAUUUUUUGCACAAUUAUUUAUUGUUGGGGAACCCGGUAAGAAAUCGAAAAUUUUUGCAAAAAAAUCAAUAAUUUUUCAUAACUUUCAUCGAUUUCUCCACACCGAUUUUCCCUGAUGUUUCCCCUCCUCAACUCUCAAGUUUCUUCAGACUUCUGGCCUCGGUGGAAUGCGUCACAACACAGUGCUCCUCGCUUGGCCCGACGAGUGGACAGCCGAAAAUCAAUGGGCCGUUGCCAACAAAUUCGUCACCGCAAUUCGCACAAUUUCCGCCGCCAAAUGCGCGAUUAUGGUGCCUAAAUAUGCCGAGAAGUUCCCGCAGAACGGCACAAAGAUCAGUGGAACAAUCGAUGUUUGGUGGGUGGUGCACGAUGGUGGAUUAUUGAUGUUGUUGCCGUUUUUGUUGAGACAACACAAAACUUGGAAAAAUACGACUGUUAGGCUUUUUGCUAUUGCUCAGAUGGAGGUAAGAUUGAAUUUUAAACGAUAAUUUUUUCCCAAUAAAAUUUUCAAAUUUCAGGAUAACAAUGUUCAAAUGAAAAGUGAUUUGGAAAAAUUCCUAUAUCACUUGAGAAUCGAUGCAGCUGUAAAUGUGAUUGAAAUGACCGAUUCUGAUAUAUCAGAUUAUACAUACGAGAGAACUAUGAAAAUGGAAGAGCGAACAAAAUUAUUGAGCAAUUUGAAUAAAGCGGAUCGUGAAAAGGAUAUUCAAAAUCAUUUGGAAGUUGUGACAAGAGAACGGAAAUUGAGUAAAAUCAAUGAGGAAGCGGUGAGUUUUGAAUAUUUUUUUUGAACAAUAGUAAACGUGGCUUGUCCCGUCACGUCAAUAAAACGAAGAAUUAAUAGUGGAAUUGAGUAUUACCACUUCAAAAGUGAAUCAAAGAACACGGUUAUUUUUCAAGGAAACGUUUAAUUACCUUGUGUUUUAUAACAAUAACGAUGGCAAUCAGACCUGGGAAAUGUUUUACGUGGCACCGUAAAACGUAAAAUGGGAAUUUUACGGUUUAAAAAACCGUAAAAUCCCGUGAAAUUCGUAAAAUUUUGUUACUCAAUCUUUUCACUGAAAAAAAGCAAAAACUUCUUAAAAAAUUGGGAUUUGGUAACUUAUCGUAACUCCUAAUUUUAACAAUAUUAUUCUCUAUAUCCACUAAUUAGGAUUUAAUCAAAAUUUUCUUUUUGUGUUUUUUUUUCGAAGUUUCAAUUUGAUUCUAUCAAAAUUCACUAUAUUUAGUGAUUUUUUAACGAACUAUUUUACGAUUUUUUGAGCCGUAAAACCGUAAAAUGGAUUUUACGGGGGAAUUCCGUAAGAACCGUAAAACGUAAAAAACGUAAACGUAAAAAUUCCCAGGUCUGAUGGCAAUCAAUUAAACUACUCGAGGGAUUCCCCUCAACCCGAAUUACGGGUUAUUACACGAGCAAAACGUAGAUUCUACGCUCAAGCAAACGCAAUUUCAAAAAUACUUUUCGAAACGCGCUCAAAACACGCACAAGCACACCAAACGCGCCAGCUCCCCUCAGCAAGGCGCGUUUGGCGACGUUUGAAUUUUGUUUUCAGCCUCAAAUCAUUCCCGAACAACGCAACCUUGACAUAGUUAACGAGGAAGAAGAUGAUGUGAAAUCGGACAAAGUUGAGCAUCGUGGCGUCCGCUUUUCCGACGAUGAAAAAGAGCCGCCAAAAUCGGUGAAUGGAACGCUGGAACGAGCUGAUCGAGAGGAGCGAAAACGCAAACGACAAUAUAAUGUACAUAAAAUGCAUACCGCUGUUAAAUUGAACGAAUUGAUGAGGAGUAAAUCGAGCGAUGCGCAAUUGGUGUUUGUGAAUUUGCCUGGACCGCCGGAAGUUGAUUCCGAUUCUUAUUGUGAGUUUGGAUUUAAAUUUAAAUUAAAAAAAAACACUUUUUAAAAAAUUUUAGACAUGGAAUUCAUUGAUGCGCUCACUGAAAGUCUUGAACGUGUUGUUUUGGUUCGUGGAACUGGCUCAGAAGUUGUCACAAUUUACUCAUAA